AAAAUGAGAGGACUACCCCUUCAUAUAUACCAUUCUCAGUAUUUCAGUCUAACCACUGUAUACCUUUCUCUUGUCCUCACAAUAUUCAUGGCAUACCUCGCUACUUCAUCCUCGGCUUGUCCAGAAGUCUUCCGAUGUGGGAAUCGAACCUUCGAAUAUCCCUUCGGAGCAAAGAGCAGCGGCUGCGGUGACCCUGCUCUUCAGCUUGAAUGUGAUCGUAAAGUGAAUAUGAUUUCACUUACUAUCAAUGGCUACCAAUACUAUCUGCUAAGACCUUUUGGCCACCGGAAAGAGUUUCCCAUCAAAUACAUGACAAUAGUUGAUAGAAAUAUUUGGGGAGAUGCAUGCGACCCGUCGACCAGUAAUCAUACAAUGGAAUUCUGGUCUAGCCCCCAGUUUCGCAUUUCUGAUGAGUACAUGAAUAUAAGUCUAUGGGGAGAGUGCAGCGAAGAUAUCAGAGAGUACCAGCCCACUGAAUUAUAUGUUCUAGAAUGUAAUAAGACUUGGUACUAUUCAGAGUGGAAUUUGGAUACGUAUUGUAAAUCAUUAGUACAUCUACCUGCUCAAAAACUCGGCAGAAGUAAUCGACCGUUGCUUGGAAGUAUAUACAAUGGUUUCCCAAUAAAAUGGGAUUUCAGCAAAGGCUGUGAGCAUUGCGAAUCAAAGAAAGAGCUUUGCAUUUACGACAUCAGUAAUUCGACACAAUUGAGUUGCAAAGGUGGGUCUGACACUGCUAAAAGGACUGCUAUUGCUCUCGGUUGCUCCGUGGGAGGAGUCUCACUGAUGGCAGCACUAGCAAUGCUUUGUAUUUUAUAUGUAAAGAGAAGAAAGCGAGCUCAUACCCGUGAGCUUCGUGGUGAUAAGAGUAAAUAUCAGAGAAGCGUUAUGGAAGCAGGUUACCCAAUGUAUAAGAUAGGCAACUUGUCCAUAUUUCCCUAUCAAGAACUUCACCAGGCGACAAAUUUCUUUGACGAGGAGAAGUUACUUGGAGAUGGAGGGUAUGGAGUGGUAUACCUGGGUAAACUUAACGACGGACGAGCUGUAGCAGUGAAGAGGCUUUAUCAGGAUAGCUGCAGAACAGUUGAGCAAUUUCUCAACGAGGUACAAAUAUUGUCAUCCCUGUGUCAUCCAAACCUUGUUCGUCUCUAUGGCUGUACGUGCCCGCAGAGUCCAAUGCUACUACUUGUUUACGAGUUUAUGCCAAAUGGGACCCUGUCUGAUCACCUUCAUGGGAGCCGAAGAACCCUCACAGGCUUGCCUUGGGCAACUCGAUUAAACAUUGCAAUACAAACUGCUCAGGCCCUGGCGUAUCUCCACAACUUCAAUCCGCCCAUUUUGCACAGAGAUGUUAAAUCCAGCAACAUUCUUCUCGACGAAGAUUUCAGAGCAAAAGUUGGAGACUUUGGGCUUUCCAGAUUGAUGCCUCUGAAUGUCUCACAUAUCACAACUGCUCCGCAAGGUACGCUCGGGUAUGUUGACCCAGAGUACCAUCAAUGCUUCCAGCUCACUGAGAAGUCUGAUGUAUACAGCUUAGGAGUUGUUUUGAUGGAGAUUAUCUCUGCCAAAGUGGCCGUGGAUACUAUGCGAAAUAGAAAUGAAAUCAGCCUUGCUAACAUGGCCACGGACAGGAUCAGAAGAGGUGUGUUGGAUGAGUUGGUGGAUCCAGAUUUGAGGAUUGGACGAAAUCACGAGGUGAAGGUCACUGUUGCUGCAGCUGCCGAAUUGGCCUUUGAGUGCCUUGCAAUAGAAAGGGAUUUCAGACCAACCAUGAAAGAAGUGGUUGCCCGUCUCACAGAUAUCAAGGAGAUGUUGCAGGAAAGCACAGAAUCUUCGAACUCCAUAAGUGAAUCACCAGCAUCAUCAUUAAUUUCACUACAGGAGAACUGCUCGGCAUAGCUUCGGAUUAGCGUGCAUCUCUGAUUUCGUUUAAGUAAUUCUGUAUUUAGUGUUAGUUUUGUGGUUUAAAGUGUUAAUGUAUUGUUACAUAUUAAUUUUGUGUAAUUAAGGUUAUUCAACGGGCAAUAUGGGGAUAAUUCUGACCCUAUGUAGAUGAGUUUACCAGUAUUAACGAGGAGUAUA